AUGGAUUACUUCAGCGAAGCAGAUCCACUCAUUUCAUCUGCUAUUUACCCCGGAGUCAUGGAUUUUGACCCGUAUUCGCGAUCACUACAUCUAGAAGAUCCACAUAAUGACAUUAACAUGCAUUUAGACAGCCCUGACUCAAUCGAGACGUAUGAGUCAGAGAUGGAUCUGGCAUUCCAUGACAACCAGUCAGUGACAUCAGCGGCGUCAGCUGUUGAUGACAUCAACGACACAGUACCUGCGAUUCACCACAAGGUUGACGAUGACUUCAUCGAGGCGGAUAGAAGACUUGUUAAUGAACGAUUUGCCCCGUACGACAUGUUUCCUGCAGACAAUACAUGGACGCUAGAGGAGCGAGUAGAAAAGUUGCUACAGAUAAGUCCUUGCACAAAAUACACAAAGGAAGAUUUGUUAGGCAUUGACGCUAUUGAAAGUCCAGAGAAAAAGGUAGACAUGCUUAUUGAGGUCGUAUCCAAGGUGCACGUGAAUCAUCGCUGGAAUUACGUUGAGCCUCAUGAACUCCACAGAGGCUACACCGUGGUGGCCAACUGUAAGAAGGAGAAGAAGAAAGAUGCAGACGGACAGUCUUGUCCCAAGAGGCCAAUGAAUGCUUUCAUGAUUUGGUCGAUGAAGUGUCGGGCACUUAUUGCACAAGUGACCCCGCAGCUUCACAACGCUAUUAUUAGCACCAAGCUCGGGGCCGCCUGGAGACAGUUCCACGACGAGGAGAAAGCGGUGUAUGAAAGGGAGAAAGAGAUUUUAAGCAGUUUCCAUAAAUUCGAGUUUCCCAACUACAAGUAUAAGCCUAAAAAGAAAGCUAAAAGAAAUGAUGAAAAACCAGUUGCUGAACCUAAACAGGCAAAGUGUUUGAAAAGGAAGAGAUCAGAAUGUAGCAACCAGAUAGCGCCACUUCGCGGUAUCAGCAUUAGUGAUGCCCGCCAGAGUUUGGACCCUCUACUGAAGGAGAGAUUGCAGGUCAAGAUGCAGGUAAAGAUUGAUCCAGACAUGAAGAGAGGCAUAGGAAGACGUCUCACGGCAAUCGAUUUAGCUGACCUGACGGCCUUCCACCAGCAUGAUCUCACAUCUACACAAACACUGGCCAACACCCAACAGCGUUUCCACGGCACACCUACCGCAGUCCACCUCGUCAUUGACAACAAACCUGCAUCUGUGUUUGACACCCCAGAAAACUCACCCAAUAAACCCGUUACCCCCAUUACCCCUACAGAACUGUCACUAGGCAACGAGCACGGAAUGUAUAUGAGGAGUGACAGAUGUUUUAGCUUCGAUGACAAGUCCUCCAGGACAGCAGACGACUGUGACAGCCUGCACAGGAUCCAGGCUCACGACAGGUACAUCAAACACGAGCCGUACGAACAGCCAUGCAUCAGUUCCGAGCCGGGUAAGUGGAAUAUUCAUCUCAGUAUCAAAACUGAGCCGCAGGAAUACCUCGGUCUCUACUCCACACACCAUGUUAUCAAAUGUGAGCCCGAACAUAUGGUCCCGCCCGUCCUUAUCGAGGGAAACAUGCCCAUCCUAUCGGCGGAAACAGUCGAGUCAGUCCUUGACAACGAGUGCACUUCGAGCUUCAACAACGAGGAACUUCUAGAUGACUUCAUGAAGUACCUAGAUAACGACAUCUGUUUUUCAGCAGAUCUGUUACCGGGCGUUACACAAACAUUAGAAGGGCCAGCUACUGUGUAA